AUGUCAAUUAUGAAUCCAUUUUCUAUUAAAUUGAUUCAAGCCAUAUUUCUCAUAUGUUUGGUGUUGCAAGCUGACCAGCUUGUUUGUUCAAAAGAGUUUGUUAGGUGCAUACAAAGUGAGAGGCAGGCGCUUCUACAAUUCAAGGCUGGCCUUACUGAUGUGUAUGACAACAUGCUGUCAUCUUGGACGACAGAAGAUUGCUGCCAAUGGAAGGGAAUUGGUUGCAGCAACGUAACUGGUCAUGUAAUUAUGCUCGACCUUCAUGGUAAUUAUUAUGGUAAUUAUAAUGAUGAUUAUAAUUAUAUUAUCAGGGGUGAUAUCCACAAGUCAUUGGUGGAGUUGCAACAAUUACAAUAUUUGAACCUCAGCGGAAAUAAUUUUAGAAAGAGUAUUCUACCAGGUUUCUUUGGAUCUUUAAGAAACCUAAGAUACCUUGAUCUUUCUAAUUGUCAUUUUGGAGGACAAAUUCAUAUUCAAUUUGAGUCUCUUUCGCAUUUGAAAUACUUGAAUCUUUCGUGGAAUCAUCUAGAUGGUUUGAUUCCUCAUCAACUUGGAGAUCUCUCCAACUUGCAAUUUCUUGAUCUCAGCUACAAUUUUUUGGAAGGAAGCAUUCCAUCUCAACUUGGAAAGCUUGUGAACCUACAAGAGCUUUAUCUUGGAAGCGCGUAUUAUGACAUUGCUAAUCUGACAAUUGACAACAUUAUUAAUCUGACAAUUGACAACAGUACAGAUCACAGUGGAGGUCAGUGGUUGUCUAAUCUUACUUCUUUAACCCAUCUUCAUCUGAUGUCAAUAUCUAAUCUUGAUAAAUUUAAUAGUUGGUUGAAAAUGGUUGGUAAGUUACCAAAACUAAGAGAACUAAGUUUAAGAAAUUGUGACCUUUCUGAUCAUUUUAUCCAUUCAUUGAGUCAAUCCAAGUUCAACUUUUCCAAUUCUCUUUCUAUCCUUGAUCUCUCUGUGAACAACUUUGUGUCAUCCAUGAUAUUCCCGUUGUUGUCAAACAUAAGUUCCAAUCUUGUUGAGCUUGACCUUUCUUUCAACCACUUGGAGGCUCCUCCAUCAAUUGACUAUGGCAUAGUGAUGAAUUCUCUUGAGAGACUUGGCCUAUCAGGUAAUAGAUUGAAGGGUGGGGUGUUUAAAUCCUUCAUGAAUGUAUGCACCUUAAGUUCUUUAGAUCUGAGUCGUCAAAACAAUUUAACAGAAGACCUUCAAAUAAUUCUUCAAAAUUUGUCUAGUGGUUGUGUUAGAAACUCACUCCAAGUGUUAGAUAUCAGUUAUAAUGAAAUCGCUGGAACUUUGCCCGACCUUUCUAUAUUCACAUCAUUGAAAACAUUGGAUCUUUCUUCUAAUCAACUAAGUGGAAAGAUUCCUGAAGGUAGUAGCUUGCCAUUUCAGUUGGAAUAUUUCGACAUCAGAUCAAACUCUUUAGAAGGGGGCAUUCCAAAAUCAUUUUGGAUGAAUGCAUGUAAGUUGAAAUCAUUGACCCUGUCCAAAAACAGAUUCAGUGGUGAGCUUCAAGUAAUAAUCGAUCACUUACCUAAAUGUGCAAGAUACUCACUCCGAGAAUUAGAUCUAAGCUUUAAUCAAAUCAAUGGGACACAACCCGAUCUCUCAAUAUUCUCCCUUUUGGAAAUAUUUGAUAUUUCUAAAAAUAGGCUAAGCGGGAAGAUAUAUGAAGAUAUUCGAUUUCCAACCAAACUAAGGACACUACGGAUGGGUUCGAACUCUAUGAAUGGUGUGAUCUCUGAAUUUCAUUUUUCUGGUAUGUCAAUGUUAAAGGAUUUAGACUUGUCAGGCAAUUCACUAGCAUUGAGAUUUAACGAAAAUUGGGUGCCACCUUUUCAACUGGACACUAUAGGAUUGGGAUCCUGCAUACUCGGACCUACAUUUCCUAAGUGGAUUAAGACUCAAAAGUACUUGCAAUUUCUCGAUAUUUCUAAUGCUGAAAUUUCAGAUAAUGUUCCUGAGUGGUUUUGGGAUAAUCUAUCAUUGCAAAUGUGCAAUACAAUAAACAUUUCAAACAAUAAUCUUAAAGGAUCAAUUCCAAAUUUAAAAGUAAAAAAUCACUGUUCUCUUUUAUCUCUUUCAUCAAAUGAUUUUGAAGGGCCCAUUCCACCAUUUCUACGAGGUUCUGGACUUAUUGAUCUAUCGAAAAAUAAAUUCUCAGAUUCUCGUUCAUUCCUAUGUGCAAAUGUUAUAGAUGAAAUGUUAGCUCAGUUUGAUGUUUCAAAUAAUCAAUUAUCUGGACGAAUUCCAGACUGUUGGAGCAAUUUCAAGUCAUUAGUUUAUGUAGAUUUGAGUCACAACAAUUUUUCAGGGAUGAUUCCAACUUCAAUGGGAUCACUUGUAAAACUGCGAGCAUUACUAUUGAGGAACAAUAGCUUAACAGAGCAGAUCCCUUCCUCCUUAAUGAACUGCACAAAGUUAGUAAUGCUUGAUAUGAGAGACAACAGACUAGAAGGAGUCAUCCCUUAUUGGAUUGGAAGCGAGUUAAAAGAGCUGCAGGUUUUAAGCUUACAUAGGAAUCAUUUCUUCGGAAGUUUACCAGUAGAACUUUGCUAUCUUCGAAAUAUUCAACUCUUUGAUCUCUCAUUAAACAAUCUUUCUGGACAAGUUCCUAAAUGCAUUAAAAAUUUCACUUCAAUGACUCAGAAAGCUUCAACACAAGAUUUUACCGAUAAUACUUUUAUUACUACCAGUGACACUUCGCAAUUUAUCCGUGAAUAUCAAUUGAAUGCAUUGUUGACAUGGAAAGGUGUAGAACAACUGUUCAUCAACAAUCGAUUUGUUCUUCUAAAAAGCAUAGAUCUAUCAAGCAAUCACUUUUCGGAAGAGAUUCCACCUGAAAUAGCAAAUUUGAUUCAAUUGGUCUCACUAAAUUUAUCAAGAAACAACUUGACAGGGAAAAUUCCUUCAAAUAUCGGAAGGUUAACAUCACUUGAAUUUCUUGAUUUGUCACAAAACAAGUUGUUUGGUUCAAUUCCUUCUAGUCUUUCCCAAAUAGAUCGGCUUGGUGGGUUAGAUGUGUCACAUAAUCAAUUAUCUGGUGAAAUUCCAAAGAGUACACAACUACAAGGUUUCAAUGCCUCAUUUUACGAAGAUAAUCUUGAUCUUUGUGGCCCACCACUUGUAAAAUUGUGUGUUAAAGUGAAACCACUGCAUGAUCCAAAAGUAGAAGUUCAAGACGAUGACGAACGGCUUCUCAAUCGUGGGUUUUACAUCAGUCUGACAUUUGGAUUUAUUAUAGGCUUCUGGGGUGUAUUUGGCUCAAUCCUAAUCAAGCGCUCCUGGAGACAUGCUUAUUUCAAGUUCUUGAACAAUUUAGUGGAUGAUGUUUACGUGAAGUGCAGAUGGUGGCUCAAAUAUUAA